AUGCAGGUAACUGAAGUUGUCAAGGUGUGGAUCGAGCAAUUUAGGGAGCUCAAGGAGAAAUACCACUGGAUUCAGAUAUUCGAAAAUCGAGGAGCCGCCGUCGGUUGUUCGAACGCUCAUCCACAUGGACAACUAUGGGCAGGGAAUUUCUUGCCCAACUAUCCUUCUAGAAAGGAUAAAUGUCAACGAGUAGGUCUAAAGUGGCUUAGCUCUUCAGAAACUUUUGCCAAACAAGUCUCAAAGUCCACAUUGAGACGGAGGGAACCGUGA